AUGGCUCCCGGACUGCAUGCAGCCUGCGUGCUCCUGCUGAUGACCCGUGUGCUGCUGCUGCUGCUCCUGCUCCUCCCGCCCCCGGCUUCCGCCGACCCGGAGGAGGACAGCCUGGAGGCUGACAACACCCUGGGGGCGGCCAACGGCGGCGACAACGUGGAGUUCGACGACUACCGGGGCAAGGGCUGCGUGGACGACAGCGGCUUCGUGUACAAGCUGGGCGAGCGCUUCUUCCCGGGCCACUCCAACUGCCCGUGCGUUUGCACAGAGGACGGGCCGGUGUGCGACCAGCCCGAGUGCCCCAAGAUCCACCCCAAGUGCAGCAAAGUCGAGCACAACGGCUGCUGUCCCGAGUGCAAGGAAGUGAGGAACUUUUGCGAGUACCGCGCCAAGACCUACAAAGUGCUGGAAGAAUUUAAGCCGUCUCCGUGCGAGUGGUGCCGGUGUGAGGCCAGCAGUGAGGUGCACUGUCUUGUCGCCGACUGUGCCGUCCCCGAGUGCGUCAACCCGGUCUACGAGCCCGAGCAAUGCUGCCCGAUCUGCAAGAACGGUCCCAACUGCUUUGCAGGUUCCACAAUAAUCCCAGCAGGGAAGGAAGUGAAAGUAGAUGACUGCACCAUAUGCUACUGCUCACAAAACGGGGACUGGUGGAAGACAGAGCGACAGGCUACCUGUGUCAAACGCGAAUGUGAACGCCUGUGACCUGGAUGAUGCAGCAAACUGUUCCACCGAUAACUAACUGCCAGCAAAGCAGCACCUUUGUGUGCUGUAUAGCCAAAAAAAAAUUGCCUAGCUCUACCCAUUGCAAUAGUCACCAGAAGAUUUAGAUUCCUGGUGCAAACACUGUUUGGUGAAACACUAUUUUUUUACAUUGUCAAUCAUCUCAAUCUACCUGUGGGUGCCAUUUCUUGUCGAAGAUUAAAUUGACUUUUUGACUGC